AUGGCCCGCAGACCCGGCGGUGCCCACUCACCCGAGGGCCGCGCGAGCUGCACGAUGAAAGCCCUCACUCGCGGCGGGCCGCCGCACGCGCGCCGAAUCCGGACAGUCACCAAGAAUCUUUGCACCAUUCUCUGGAAGCCGCUGCCGCCGCGCUCCGCAGCCGAAGCACCGCUCUUUCACUGCAUAGAACCAUUCGGUUCCUGCGCGGGCAGAGGCCGGCGGAGGAGCGGGGGCGGGGCUCCCGCGCGGGCUUCUCGCGCCUUGGGCUCCUCUCUCCUCCCACCCGGCCUUUUCCCGCCCUAUCCGUGUACCUCCACCCCCGCCCCCUGCCCUCCGCCCUCUGCGUGGACGUCCCACGCGGUGACAGCCUUAGGGUCUGACGCCCCAACGCAUCGCCCGGCAGGCCCGCCCCUCAAAUUACCCAUCCUUGACACGCCCCUCCAGGAACCGCCGCGCGGCGGCCGUUUCUCGUGCUGCUCCGAGAAAUUAAGGGAAACCGCUGCACGCAGCCGACGCGACUUCUGGACAGUGCGUGACUCUGGCGCUGCGGGAGCUGCGGGCCGGGCGCGAGAUCAGGUAGGCGGAGCCGAAACGCGAGUCCGGGACCGGGGUGGGGAGCUUCUUUACCUCCCAGCUCACCGCGCUAUCCAAGGCGCGGGGCUGAGCCGAGAACGAAGCCCGCUUUAUAGAGGCAUUUGUUUUUUUUUUUUUAUUUUUUUUUAUUUUCGGUUUGAGCCUUCAGGGCUCCAAAGAGCAUCUGAACGCUUCUUCCUCUUUCCUCCUCCCGCCGCGCUCCCCUCCCCCAAGGGCCGCACCCCUCCUCUCCCGGUCUCCCCGCGUUUGCUUGUUCCCGCGGCCUCCCUCGCGCGUCUCCUCGGAGCAGCGGUCCGCAGCCUCUUCCUUCUCCUCUGCCCCAGCACGCCGACACCCUUGCCGCUCGCUGCCUGUCUCCUCGGCAUGGUUCCUGUCCCCUCUUUUCCUCCUCAGUCCCCAUCGCUGGUCCUUUCUUUCUGGACCCCGUCAUUAACUCCCACCCUCCCCGCCGGCCCGCCAUGGUUCACUCGGAACAGGAAAAGCGGGGGAAGAAAAGGAAGCAGCAGCAUAAAGAAGGGUGAGUUGAGGACACUGAGGCGGCCUGAGGACUCGGAGGAGCCGGUUUCAGAGCGCAGCUUCGCGGGUCGCGGCUCUCCGCGCCGGAGAUCGGACGCGGGCCCGCCGGCUCGCCGGAGACGGGAAGUCGAGCCUAGGACGCUGCUUUCAGGCGGGCGGCGCUGGCCGGGUGCCCCAACCUCCUGUGCUUGGGUUCAGUCGGGAUCUGUCCCCAGCUACGCUCGCUGGAGUCGCGGCCUGGCUGACCGGCCAUGUAAGAGAGGAUGAGGGACUAGGCCUAGCCUGGGAGCCUGGAAAUGUGGCCCGCCUCGCAGUGGCUUCCCCUACAGAUGCCCGGGCCUGACGGCCUAGCUGCAGACGUGGAACCGCAGCGUGAGAGUUGACAAGGCCUUAGAAAUCAGACGCCAAUCCCCUCACUUUAUGGAAGAGGAAACUGAGCCCUGGAUUGGUUAAGUCACCUGUCUAAGGCAGUGCUCCGAGAGAGGCAGAGCGAAGAGCUGCUUCUCCCUUCCCCAUCCCCCACCCCAUCCCCAGGCAUUGCGGCCGAACAUCUGUUCAAACUCGCAAUAGAAGAAAGCGGUGGUUCAAUGAAAUCACUAGUUCUGUUCUUCUGGCAGACUGGCAAUGUAUUGCACACUGGAAUUAUUAUACUCUAUCAUGAAAAUAACCAGCCUCUGGUAAAGUGUAAAAGGAAAGUGAGUGUCUUUUCUAAAAAGUUUGUAAUUUGAAGUAACUGAAUAAUUUAAUUACAGAGAGGGUAAAAGAAAUCGGUAUGAUUAUUACAUAUUAACUCACAUAUAGCUUGUUUGUUUGUUUUUAAAUAUUUCCAUAAGGGAAGGGCAAUAUAGAACUUCAGUGUAAAUGUAAGUGAAAUUAGUUUUAUUUAUUUGCUGAAGGUCAGUUAACUAGCUGAAUUAUUUGGUCCUGGACAACCAUACUGUGUUUGCCUUAUACUUAAAUCAAAUAUCAUAAAAGAAUAUCAUAUCAUAAAAAAUCAUACACACUUUGCUAAAGCUGUUGGUUUUAUGAAUCUCAAGCACUCUUUUUAAAUAGGAUUCAUUUUUUAGUUCUGAAAUUGCUAAUUUUAGUCAUUAGAGCACAAGAAAUGUUAAAUUGAUUUUGCUUUCAUAGUAAAUCAUCCUUGUUUUUCCAUCUACCUGCUCAGCUGAAAAAGGAAAAGUAAGAAUGAGGCCAAGUGAAUAGAAUGUUGGAUUUCUGAAUUUAUUUCACUUCUAUAUCUUCUUGGAACAAAGGUCAAGUAGUAGGAUGUUUACAAAUCAUGGUACUAUUUUAGACUUAUAUACAAAAUUAACAUGUAUAUUUAAUUCUCUGUAAUUUCACAGUGCAUCCAGAAGCAGGGCUUAUGUUAAUUGUGCUUAUUUAUUUGUGUGUAUCUUAUAAAUUUGUGAAAUCUGUAACAAACUUAACAGUAUAUAUGCCUCCUUGUGCUGCUGGAAAAAACACCAACCAGACCUAUCUGCUAGGUGGCUUUGAAAACUUGAGUUAAAUUUUACAUGGCAAUAAUAACUUACUGUUUCAGUGCAACCAGGUGGUAACUUAUAUCCAAUGGUAUUCCGGUUUUGUUUUAUAUUUUUACAUUAAAAAAAUCCACUCAUAAACAAAAAGAAUGUUUAUGGUACUAUGGGGUCCAUAGCCAGUUUUUUGUUUUGGUUACCCUUAGUUUCAGGUUGCCGUUAGGAAAGACUCCACAAUUUCUUUAAAUUAGUGAUGAAAUCAUUUAUGUUUCAUAUAUUUCAAGAGAGAAUCAUUGUUCAUUAUUCAGCCUCAUACAAUUAGCAAAUUUGAGCAUCUUGGAACUUACAAAGUAGAGCACAAAAUAAUAUGGAAUUUUAUAACCAAGAAGGUGAUGUAAAAUUCAUGACUUCUUUUAUGCAGAAUGUGUCUUAGUGUAAAACAAUAUAAACUUUAAAAAUGCUGUUCUUGUAGACAAUAAUUUAUAGAGUUCUUAAAUGAUAGCUAAAAUUGCAUUUUCUGUCCUUGUAGCUUAAUUAAAAAUUCCCAUUAUCUUUAUUUUUACUCAUUAUCUUUGUUCCAAAAGUGUUUUUUAGUGUUUCUUUUAGGGGCUAUUCUUCAUAUUUUAGACACUUAAAAUAGAUUUAAAAAUAGUAUGCUUAGAUUUAUGGUAUUGUACUAGAUAUACAGAAAGAAAAAGUCAUCCUAGGAAUUCACAAGCAACAUCCUUGUUUAUUUCUACUUUGUUUUUUUUUUUAAAUUGACUUGAUAUGUAUUAUUAAUGAUUUUGAAGGCAGGAUGGUACAAUGGGAGAAAAAAAUGAAAAGCUUUAGAUUUGAAUGGUGACUUUGUGUGAUCGACUGUUUUGUGACAUUUGUCAAGUUCCAUAUUUCUCUGCUUCAUUGUCUUCAUCUGGGUAACUACUUAUCUCUCAGAUUUCUUCUAAGUGUUAAAUGAACAAAUGCAUUUUAAAGUAUGCCUGGCACUAGUUAUAUUUAAUAAAUGUUGAUAUCUUUUUCCCAGUAAGAUAUGUUCAGAUUCUCAACUAAGUUUCCCCACCAAUAUAUUAAUUUGGGGGAUAAGGAACUGAUGGAGAAGUAAAGAUUUGCAUAUUUAGCUCAAAGGUACCUUCUUAUAGAUCUUUAUUCUCAAAUUAUCUUUUUGUUCCCUCUCCCUUCUUUUAAAUUUGUGUAUAGUAGACCAGACAUUUAGAAGUACUGUGUAUUAAUGUUAUGUUUAACUUUCUAUGGUAUAUGUAACAGUUUUUAUAAAUUGUGGUUUGUGUCACUUAUAAGCAAUUUCAGAGUGUGAGAGAAGUGAAUCCUUUCGCAUCUUCGACAUUUCUCAGGAGUUAGUGGUAAAUUGAUGGACAUACAUUUUAACUUGGACUUCGAGCUCUAUUGCUUCUUUAUUAAAGCAGUGAAGUAUCAGUUGUUCCAGUGCUAUAAUGAAUCAAGCAACAUUGGAAAUUAAAUCCCAUAGAGGUACACCUUUUGUUUGUUCAGCAGAUAUUAAGAAAAGAAAUUCCGCGAGUUAUCAUAAUAUAUUUUCAAUGGUUUUAUCCUACUUUUUCAGCAACCUUUAAAGAAAUAUCCUGGGAUAAUUUACUGAGUAAGUGCAUUGAUCUUUUAAAAGACAAAAUAUUUAAUAGUUUGGCCCCCUGAGACACUGUAGCAAAGGAAAAGUUUAGAAACUUUAACAAAGAAACAAAUAGGUUAAGAUAAAAGUAAUCUAGGUGUUGGCACUAGGACUCACCACUCUGCCACUGCUUCUUUCCUUUAAAACCGGUAGUUCUUCCUCACUUCUUUUACCGAGGGCCAUAAGUUACUUUGUUAUUUAAAGUAUCCCUGUUUAAAAUGGCCGUUACUGAAAAAUAACUCACAAGUACAAAAUAUCGCGAAAUCUUUUCAAGUGGCAAUUUACAGGGGGCUUCAAUAUCCUGUCGAAUGUAGGAGCAAGCCACCGCAGUUAACCACUAUUUUUGUUCUCACUGAACGCCUCCACUUCAUUCCGCGCGCUGUUGGUAUCCCGGAGCAACUGGACUGCCACGGGAGUCUCUCCUCGACUAAAUGUGAACAACAGCCAGUACCUUCCGGACAGCUAUUCUGCAUCAACGUGUUCCAGGACAUUUCCGGGCAACUCAAUCGUCACUGCUAUCUCCUCUGUUUCCUCUGCACCAUCCAGUUGAACUGGGCGCAUGUCCCCAGGGCUUCCAGAGUUUGCUUUUGCAUUUGACUUGCGUACAGCCCCGCGCAGUGCCUUGGGUGCCUCUCGACCCUUAUCUUCUGGGUCUCAGUCUUCAGGUUUUCCCUAGCAUGGCCUCAGCGGGGGUCACAGGUGGCUCUUCCACUGUUAGUGGGGCGAACUCACCUACCGCCCCCGACCAAAUCGCAAGUUACCAACAGCUCCCAUUCCGCUGCCGGCACCAUCGGUGUGAAUAUUCGCAGGCACCGCGGUCGUUUGCGGACUUCUUCACGAGCCACUUCUCAUCAGAAAACCCUGAAGAGUUGACACCUAGGAACUCACACGUCACUCCUAACUCUUGCUGGAAAUUUAUGCACCCCACCCCUCUGCGUCUGCCUUCACGGUGAGUGUCUAGGGCUGAACCCAGCAAAAACAUUUAUGAACUUAUUCCUGGUCUGCUUCUCCUAGCCCAGGAAGGCUUGCAGGCUUUCCGCUACUCCACGUUUGCAGCCUUCAUUGAACUACGUGGGGGAGGGGAACGGGGAAAUGAAAGAAAAGUCGUCGUGGGUGGCCGGGUACGCCCGCCGUCAAUCCCCUGCAGCCGCAUGUAAGUACCGGACAAUGUCGCAGUGGCCGCUCUCCUCAGCCAGGUCCACGGGCAGGCGGCCCCAGGCGUCGCGCACGUCGAGCCGCGCCCCGGCCCUGUGCAGCGCCAGCAGCGUGUCCAGGAAGCCCUCCCGGGCGGCGUCGUGCACCGGUCGGGUGAGGGUGACGGGGUCGGCGCAGUUGGGCUCCGCGCCGUGGAGCAGCAGCAGCUCGGCCACGCGGGCGCUGCCCAUCAUCAUGACCUGCGCGGGGAGAGCAGAGACGUCAGGGCGGCAGGCGCGGGGAGGGGAGGUGCGGGUGCAGCGAGAUAAAGAGUGGGAGCUAGUCUCCGGAGUGGGGAGUGGGUUGGGGUCAUUUUAAAGAAAUAGCUGUUUAUGAAAUAUCCCUCAAUGCAGAGGCACGUACAAGCCUCAGGUGUCUGGUUACUUCCCUCCUUAUGCUACUUACUCAGCACAGAUUGAAUUCCAUUGUCUCCAAACGUGCGGAGACAAGAAAGAGCUGACGACAAAGUGCUUAUUGUCCAAUAGGAAAAAGAGAUUCUUGAUUUCCACUGGAACAUGGAAAUCCAUUUGGUUAAAUGAUUUAUGGGUAAUAGUUACGUUUUAAAAUCUUUUAAAAUCUUGAAUUAUUUCCCUUGAUCUCGCCUCCCUCAUAGUCCAGGUCUAAAAAUAUUUGUCAACUGAUAUUUUUUAGAAGUUGAAGUACUUCUUUAAGGGGAGAAAAUAAGAAACUAAGUUUUUAAAGAGCUUAUAUGUUUGGUUCUCAUAGCAAAUCCCUGGUGGAAGGCUUCUGACUGUACUCAUAAACGCAUUAUAGUCUGAUAAUUUGAGCCAGAGUUGGAGAUAGAGGGGAAAACAAAAUCAGGUUAUGCACAGUCUUAUAAUAUGAAAAUAAGUGACUGUUUUAAAUAAACAUUUAACCAUUUUUAAUGGUGCUAAUAUUAUAAAUAACUGCUAAAGUUUAGGGUGUAAUAUAUUCAAUGCAACAUAAAGUAAACACUGUUUACAUUGUACAAUUUUGCUAGGAUUUUAUAAUUUUAAAUUAUAAAGAUUUUGCUAUAUAUAAAAAAGCUUGAAUUUAAGCAAUCAAGUUUGAACAACAUAUAACUCAGAAGAAAAUGUUUUGGAGGAGUAAUCCUAUAGCAUCCAGUUGUGUACAUGUACGUUAUGUAUACAUUUAUUUUAAGUGAACAAUAAAGCAAUUUUUGAUAACUAGAUGUCUAAAAUGGAGAUGUUUAUUCUUGUGGGUUUAUAUGAUUUAAAAGGUGCCAUGUAAUUAAGACAAUAGACUUCUAGUUUAUUUUUUAAAAUUUGUUUCAUGAAUACUAGAAACAUCCAUUUCCUCCCUUGAAAACCAUGAUAUAAUUCAUCAUUUCUAUUGGUGAUGUAAAGGGAAUUUUAAAUAUAGCAAAGAAGAGAAUAAAGUGAUUCUUAAUACCUCAGAAAAUGGUGAUUAAAACUAUAAAUAAGAAAACUUGUUUUACAAUGACUAAUGUAUUUGAAGUCUUUAAGAAUCACUUUACAUUAUUUUUGUUGCCUUUAAACUAUCCUUCAUUUGUUAUACCACUUUUCCAAGAAUUGCCAUGUAUUCAAAAGGAAUGAACAUGUUUUCUUUAAAAAAUACAGAAUUAAUAAAGUUUCUUAAUAAUAACUUAGUUCUGGAAGGUAAUGGUGAACUGAAUACUAAAUAUGAACCAUAAUAUUCCAACAGUAAAGCACAAAAGCACCAACUUAGAUUUUAAAGAAAAUGUCAAAUAUCAGUACUAAUUAAAGUAAAAUUAAUAGUUAAACAUAUUGAACAAAUGUAUUUUAAUAAUUAAGAGGCUGUUUAUGAAGACACUUUGCCACUUAAAAAGGACCUAACAAUUGUUGCUUGUAAUCCAAGCAUUCAGUAUGAUAAUUAAACAACACAUUUAUGGAAGCAUAUUUUUUUUAUGUAAUAUUUAAGAGAUUCUGCUAAUAUGAAAUAAAAUUAAGUACUGUGGAUGAGGACUCCUUUGUCAUUCCUUUGUAUUCAGUUCACCUCUAUGAGGAACGUAAACAAAGGAUUUUUUUAAAUAGCAAUUUAAAAGUAAAUAGUGAAAUUGUUUUUCAUGUAUUCUGAUUUUGUAGAAAUCCUUAAAUCCGAUCCAGACCGUGGAACUUGUAAUUUACAUAGCUUUGUCGUUGAAGGUAGACUGACAAAAGAGUCCUCCUCGCCAAUGAACUCCGUUUCCUUUCCCCCCUUUUCUUCCCCAUUGAAUCUAUCCCUUC